AUGCCUUUGUGGAAAAAUUUCCAUGACGCUGAGCAGCCAGCCGAUCCUUGUUGUCGGUUAACACCUUUCAAUUUAAAUGUACAAGGCAAGGGCAAUCUACUGACAACGAAACAGGCGUUGUGUCACUGCGAUGAUUGUCGCAAAAUAAGCGGUUCACUUUUCUCAUACAAUUUCCUCGUCAAGGAGGCAGAUCUUGAGAUUACUGGAUCCCCGAAGGAAGUACUCCAAACUGCUGAUAGCGGAUUUGGUAAAAAAAACUACUUCUGCGGUGAUUGCGGUAUGCAUCUUUUCGGUGGGAGUGACACAAUGAGAGCUCAAAAAGGAUUGGUGGUAGUCAGGGUAGGCAUCUUCGACGAUGUCGAUCUUGAAAAAUGUCGACCCACAGCGGAGCUUUAUCCCCAAAGGCGUCCGAAAUGGCUAUGCGCUUUGGAAAACGCCGAACAACUCGAGAGUAUGCCACCUGCCUGA